AUGUCAGCUAUCAAGGAGGACACAUUGGAGGAGGUCAAAUCAAUCAUUCAGGAGGGGGAGGUUGUUGAGGUGCGCGAGGGAGCCAAAGUGCUCGAUCAUAAGCUCGAAAGAAGAAUUUGCCGGAAGUUUGACUACCGGAUUCUACCUUUGACAGCCUUGAUGUACCUUUUCAAUUCCUUGGACAAAUCCAACAUAUCUAAUGCAAAAACGGACGGUAUUGAUAAUGAUCUCCACAUCGUUGGACAACAGUGGAAUACUAUGCUCUCCAUCUUCUAUAUUCCUUUCGUUCUCUGUGCCUUUCCGCUUUCGUUACUGAUCAAAAAGUACAAUGCAGCCAAUGUGAUUCCAAUCAUGAUGUUCAGCUUUGGAAGCAUUACAUUGCUUCUUGUUUCAGCUUUUGAUUACGGCUCGUUGGUCGCAGGAAGAUGGUUCUUAGGAAUGUGUGAGUCGGCCUUUUUCCCAGGUAUUGUUUAUUAUUUGAGUACAUUCUACCGCAGAGCAGAACUGGCUAGAAGGCUGUCAAUCUUCUACGGUGCCUUCAACAUUGCUAACGCAUUCUCUGGACUGCUGUCCUAUGGUGUCUUUCAAAUCGAAAGUUCGCGUCUACACGGUUGGCAAAUUUUGUUCCUAAUUGAAGGAGCGUUGACGGUCGCAUUUUCUGUGGUUGCGUUUUUGUAUCUGCCGAGAUCCGUUCAACAGGUUAAGUUCCUCACAGAGGAAGAAAGAGAAUGUGCUGUGUGGAGAAUAUCGACGGAUUCGAGUUCCAUGGUUGGAGACAAACUAUCAAUCAAAGACUCUCUGAAAGUAUUCAGACAUCCUAUCGCAAUCAUGUGGAUGUUCCAAGAAAUUUGCAUUGGAGUUCCAUUGAAUUCCUAUAGCAACUGGUUCCCACAAAUUGUCCAGUCACUUGGUCACGGAACUGUCAUCACAAACCUCUACACAGUUGCUCCAAAUGUCUGGGGUGCUAUUUCCUUGAUGAUACUAUGUUUCGCUUCUGACUACACUAGAACUCGUUCCUUGUUUGUUGGAAUUGCUGUUGCGUCUACCCUCAUUGGAUUUGUUGUUUUCGGAACGAUCGACUCGGCGACUCAUACGGGGGUUGCUUAUUUCUCUUGCUUCCUGAUGACUACCGGUGUCUCUGCUUCUUCAGUUUUGACGUCCACUUGGUACAACAACAACACGCCAAACGAAAACAGAAGAAUGGUUAUAUCGGCUAUUGGCAUUCCUCUUGCCAACGCUUCUGGACUGAUUGCGAGUAACAUAUUCAGAGCCAAGGAUGCUCCAAAAUAUAUUCCUGCACUCGGAAUCACCGCAGCUUUUGGUGGUGCGGCUCUCAUCACUAUAGUAUUAAUCACUAUUUACAUGGUGGUCGAUAACAAGCGCCGAGACAAGGCUCAGGGCACAAAACUAACCUUCAGAGAUGUUCCAACAUAUUUGCUGGCAGAAGGCCCAUCCAAUCCUAGCUAUAGAUGGAUGUAUUAA